CCCCUCCUCCCUCUCUCUACAGUAUUGACUAUUUUUAUUAUUGUGUUCUGUAAUGUUUUUUUGAAUUGAUUGAUUGGUAGUGAAUAUUUUAAAUCAAAUAUAUAUUUCUACAUAAAAGUUCCAACAAAGAUUUUGCAAUGCAAAACAUAGCAAAAAUGAUAACGGAGCAACUCCGGAACCCAAAUGAAUUGGACAUCAAUCUGCGCAUGGAGUUUGGGCCAUUUGAAACAGUGCACAAGUGGAAACGGAUGUUAGAAUGCUAUGAGUUUGUUGGUGCCAGGCGAAGCAAACACACAGCUGUUGCAUACAAAGAUGCAAUAUAUGUGUUUGGUGGUGACAAUGGCAAGUCAAUGUUGAAUGAUCUCAUAAGAUUUGAUAUCAAGGAAAAUUCAUGGACCAAAAUGGGUUGUAUGGGAGUACCACCAGCACCAAGAUAUCAUCACUCAGCAGUAGUACACAGAUCAUCCAUGUUUGUCUUCGGCGGGUACACGGGCGACAUUCUUGCCAACUCUAAUCUCACCAAUAAAAAUGAUCUGUUUGAAUACAAGUUUCCGAGUGCACAAUGGAUCCAGUGGAAAUUUACUGGACAAGAACCUGUACCGCGAUCUGCUCACGGUGCGGCAGUGUAUGACGACAAGCUAUGGAUAUUUGCCGGCUACGACGGUAACGCCCGCCUCAAUGACAUGUGGACCAUCAACUUAGUGGGCGAGAACCACCAAUGGGAGCGGGUAGAACAAAAAGGGCAGUGUCCACCGACAUGUUGCAACUUCCCUGUGGCAGUGGCGCGUGGAAAGAUGUUUGUGUUUAGCGGACAGAGCGGCGCCAAGAUUACUAAUGCUCUGUUUCAAUUUGAUUUCGAAUCACAUACGUGGAGCCGCGUGUGUACGGAGCACCUGCUGCGGAGCGCGGGCCCGGCGCCGGCGCGGCGCUACGGCCACGUGAUGGCAGCACACGCCAGGCACCUCUACGUGUUCGGGGGCGCCGCCGACAGCACGCUGCCCAGCGACCUGCACUGCUACGACCUCGACACGCAGAUGUGGUCGGUAGUACAGCCGGCAGCGGAAUCGGCGACGCCCUCGGGCCGCCUGUUCCAUGCCGGGGCCGUCGUUGGCGACGCGCUCUAUAUUUUUGGUGGCACAGUCGACAAUAACGUUCGAAGCGGUGAACUUUUCCGCUUUCAGCUAUCUAACUACCCACGUUGUACACUGCACGAUGACUUCGGCCGCGUGUUGAAGUCUCAGCAAUUCUGCGACGUGACGCUUCUAGUGGGCACAGAACAAACUCCCAUACUGGCCCACCAAGCGAUGUUAGCUGCUCGCUCGCAGUACCUUCGGGCUAAGAUUAAAGAAUCUCGUGAGGAGUUAGCCAAACGCAUCGCAUCUGGUGAGGAGAAAGCGUCAGAAGUCUACUCGUAUAAAGCUAAACCUCAACUAACAGUAAAACUGCCUGAGGCUACACCCGAAGCAUUCCAGAUGGUGCUCAAUUAUAUAUACACUGACAGGAUUGAUCCUACUGAAAAAGAUGAGGACCCGGCCUCGCCCGCUACGAUCCUGCUGGUGAUGGAAGUGUUGCGGCUGGCGUUACGAUUGAGUAUUCCACGGCUGCGUGGUCUCUGCGCGCGAUUUCUCCGCGCCAACUUGUGUGAUAGCAAUGUGCUACCCGCGUUACACGCAGCCCAUCAUGCUCAACUAAACUGCAUCAAGGAGUACUGUCUGCGUUUCGUGGUGAAAGACUAUAAUUUCACUCCGAUCGUGAUGUCAAAGGAGUUUGAGGAUUUGGAGCAGAGUCUAAUGGUGGAGGUGAUCCGGCGUCGACAGCAGCCGCCAUCAAAGCAGCCCACUGCCGCACAGCACGAGAGUGACGAAGAAAUUAUAGGUACGACCUUGGAACAAGACAUGUGUGUAUUUGUGAGCGGCGGUGGUAGCAGCGCUGGUGGCAGUAGUAAUAGUAGUGGCGGUGGUGGCGCGGAGCUGGCUGAUGUGCGGCUGCGAGUGGGCGGAACCAUGCGGCCCGCUCACCGCUCCAUCCUGGCUGCCAGGGCUGCCUACUUCGAAGCCAUGUUCCGUUCCUUCUCGCCGCAGGACAACAUCGUCAAUAUCAAAAUUUGCGACACGAUCCCAUCGGAGGAAGCCUUCGAUUCACUACUUCGGUACAUAUACUAUGGAGAUACGAAUAUGCCAACUGAGGACUCAUUGUAUCUCUUCCAAGCACCUAUAUACUAUGGAUUCACAAACAACCGGCUACAAGUGUUCUGCCAGCACAACUUGCAGAGCAAUGUGACCCCAGAAAAUGUAUUGGCGAUACUGCAGGCGGCUGACAGGAUGCGCGCCACCGACAUCAAGGAGUACGCGCUCAAGAUGAUCGUCCACAAUUUUGGAUUAGUCGCUCACCAAGAAGCUAUCAAGAAUUUAGCACAGCCGUUACUGGUCGACAUUAUCUGGGCGCUAGCCGAAGAACCACACUUCGACACCCCGCUACCAUCACAGCCUCGGUCGCUACCAUCUUCGUCGUCUACCGACGUCCUAACAGAUGAUAUGGCCGAAUAUAUUAGACAUAAAGUUAAAAACUACAUAUAAGAUUACUAGAUGAUGAAUGACGAAACUUUCAAAGACUAACACUUAAUGUCUUCUUCGACAAACUGAUCGCAUGAAGAUUAUUCAGGUGGAGUUGGACAUGAAGAACUCGUAAUCGUACUAAAUCCUACCAUGAUAAUAGUAACGACGUGAUUGAAUUGUUAUUCAUAGUCACGUGUCGGCUAUUGGAUUUGACGACCUCAAACAUGUAAAGCGAAAUGUAAUAAGUUUUCGACCUAAUUCUCAUUUUAGGAUAAUAUUGCAUGAUAGGUGAAAUAUCGAAUAUUUUCUAUAUAUUCAUUAGAGUAUAUAUUAAAUAUUUUGAAGUUGAUUCAUCUGCUACAUAAGCAUUUACUGUAAUAGUUAAACUUAAUGCUGGACUAACUAAAACAUGAAACCAGACAGGUUUAGAUUAAUAAAACAGAUUAUUUUUUUACUUAUACAGUCAAAAAACGAUAGAUUAAGCUUAGAGCACUCCCAGCAUGUAUAAAGAAUAUAAAUAGAAAAAUACUAGCAUUCUUGAGAUUUACUGGAUCUUGUCUACAUUUUCAUGUAGCUGUGUGUUUAUUUUUUAUUAAAUAUUUAUUGUGGAAAAUAAUAUAGCAAAUCGAUUACAUAUCAAUAUAAUCGAAGUUAGAAUCUAAAGCUCAUAAUUAGCAAGUAAAAUGGUUAGCAAAAUAAAUAGACAACAAAGUUUAUUGGUAUCAUUAGGUUUGAAUUCACAACCUCUUGAGAAAAAGUCACAGUAGUAAACCAUUAGGGCAUGAUGCUCUUCCACUGUUAGGCCAAAUAUAAGAUUUUCUCUUAAAAAGCUUAUAUGAAAUUUUUCUAAUUGCAUUUGGUACUUAGUACCAGAUGUGAUUUUCAUUAGUGAGUACAGCUGGUGGCUGUGAACAUCACAUAUUCUAUUAUUAUCUACAUAUAUAAGCUUACAACAUUAUAAAUGUAGAAGAUAAUGGAUUAUGUCACUAGAUUAACUUCUGUGAAGUAUGUAAGGUAGUAUGAUUGGAUAAUAUAGAUGCGUCCAUGUAAUAAUAUAAUAAAUUUGUAUUACAUAUAUUCUGAUUUGUAAUGUGUAGCUUUAACAAAAGUAAAAUAUAUUUUAAUACUAAAGACAUAAGUGACUAAAUGAAUAAUUUGAAUCUCUUAUUAGCCUGAAUUUUAUUAACUAUAUUGACAGGAAUGGACAUUAUUAUUUGUAUAAAAUAUAAAUAGGUACUUUGUAUUCCUUUGAUAUACUAAAUAUUUAUUGAAAUAUUAACAUUGAAUGUUUUUUUAGCAGAUUUGAAUAUAUAAUUAAUAUUUUGUCAAAGAACAUGAUCUUACAAUAUACAAAUUCAUGUAUAUAGAAUGAUAUACUAUGUGUAAGCCAAAGCAUUUUAAAUUAAGUCUUACAUAAAUAUUAAUGUAUAUAAUAAUAUACCGCCUAUGCAAUAUAUCAUUGUUCUAAUAAUAUACCUGAUU